UCGGUGUCAGAGGGCUUACAACCAAUUUUUUGCGGGCUGCCCAGUGUAACCAAGCACUUGCCGUCGUCCGACCCAUACUUAUCUUUUCUGCGUCCUGAGCCACAACUAAUCCGCCCCGUCAACAAUGUCGGUGGCUACCAAAAACCCCUUUGCCUUGCUGGAUGAGGACGAAGCUCGUCCGACGACCCCACCGCCCCAGCCAAAGCAGGAGCCCCCAGCGCCUGCUCGCACGAACCAAAAGCCACGCGGUGGUCCGGCAUCGAGAGGUGGCAAGUACUACCAGCGCGGCGGUAAAUCUGCCCCAAGGGACAACCAAACCCAGGAAGGUACUCAAGAUCCCGUGUCGCCAGACGGCCAGCGAAAGUUCGAAGGUCGUGGUCGCGGUCGAGGUGGGCGAGGUGGAGGUCGUGGUGGUCGUGGCAGGCCUUUUGACAGGCAGAGCCAGACCGGAAAGACUGACUCCGACAAAAAGGUUCACCAAGGCUGGGGUGGAGAUGACGGUGCUACAGAGCUCAAACAAGAAGAAGCCGCCGCCACUGAUGCCGUAGCAGAAGGCUCCAACGAAUGGGGUGUUCCCGAUGCUGCCUCUGGGGGUGAUUGGGGUGCUCCCAAUGCUGCCUCUGGAGGUGAUUGGGGUGCACCCGCCUCCAGUGGUGAUGCCUGGGAGGCUCCCGCUGCCGGUGAGGUUACAGCAGACGCUGCCACACCAGCCGACAGGCCUCCUCGCAAGGAACGCGAAGAAGAAGAGGACAACACUCUCACCCUUGACCAGUAUCUUGCCCAGCAGAAGACAAAAGAAGGGAUUUUGCCCAAGCCCGAAGCUCGCAAGGCCAAUGAAGGUGCUGAAGGUGACCUCUUCAAAGGCGCGACUCUCCUCGCGAAACCUGACGAAGAAGAAAGCUAUUUUAUAGGCAAGGCCAAGCCCUCUGCCAAGGCUCGCGCCAAGAAGGAGGAGAAAGUUUAUCUCGAGAUUGAUGCUCGCUUUGACCGUCCGUCCCCACGCGGUGGGCGUGGUAGGGGUAGGGGUGGUGAGGGAAGAGGUAACUUCCGUGGUGGACGAGGUGGCAACAGAGGAGGCCACAAUGGCACUGCGCCCUCAGUCGCGCCUGUCGUCAACGUCGACGAUGAAACUGCCUUUCCGUCCCUUUCUUGAAAGACGGCAUACAUAUUCCAACAAUACAAAAGCAACCAAUAUGCCCGUCCACCUGUCCCAUUUCUUUUGUUCCUCAAGUUCCUCAUUCUUCGUCCGUACUUUCUCGUCCCACCUCCCUGCGUGCUUGAUAUGAUAUGAUAUUUCUGAAUUAUGAAGGUGAUGUCCUGGGGGGAUUGUUGGGGUGAGGACUCUGUAUAUUGUACAAAGUAUUGAAAAAAAACAUUUUCAAAUGUACGUCAGAUUCGAUGCGGGAAAUACGACCAAUACUACGGCGUAAUACAACUCUCUACUGACGCC